AGUAACUAUUUCUGCUUAAGAGUUAGAACUCAGAGAGUCAAGGCUACUCACUCUUGAUUGACACAAAUUCCGGAAAAGUUGGGCCCGGCAAGCAGCUGGAGCCUCCGCUGAGCACCAAAGCAACCAUGGGUCUGGAAAAGUCCCUCAUUCUGUUUUCAUUGUAUGUCCUGGUGCUUGGAUGGGUCCAGCCUUCCCUGGGCAAGGAAUCUUCGGCCAAGAAGUUUAGGCGGCAGCACAUGGAUUCAGCUGGUUCCUCCAGCAGCAGCCCCACCUACUGCAACCAAAUGAUGAAGAGCCGGGAGCUGACAAAGGGAUCCUGCAAGCCCACGAACACCUUUGUGCACGAACCCUUGGUAAAUGUCCAGGCUGUCUGCUCCCAGGAAAAUGUCAAAUGCAAGAAUGGGAAUAGCAAUUGCUACAAGAGCACCUCUGCCCUGCACAUCACUAACUGCCGCCUGAAGGGGAACUCCAGGUAUCCCAACUGCAACUACCAGACCAGUCACUACCAGAAGCACAUCAUUGUUGCCUGUGAUGGGAACCCCUCUGUACCAGUCCACUUUGAUGCUUCUGUGUAGAGCUCAACCUAGGCAAAAGCAGUGAGAUGACAAUGUCUCCCAAUCUCAUCCUGUCAACACCUGUCUCUCCUUCCUAUCAUUCUUUCCCCAAAAGAAGUAACUCCUGGUAGGACUUACAUGUGACAAGACAUGCAUUCCUGUCCUGUGUCUUGCUCCCAGGCCCCUCUCUUGCCAUAGACAAAUGAAGCAAGACGGUCCUCACCACAGUCUUCACCAGAACGUGUCCCUUCAACCUUAGACUUCCUUGACUUCAGAACCAACAACCAAAUAAAGUCCUGUUCACUAUAAAUUGCCCACUCAGAGGUGUCCUUUCUGGGCAGUUCACAAUGGAGUAAGGACAAUGGGCAAGUCACCUCACUCAUUGGUCCAGAUCUUCCUCAUUCCUGGCAACUUUAACUACACUACUGAAAUGAAACUUCUCUGCCUCUCCACUGAUCAUUUGUUCUUCUUAUAUACAAUAAAGUCUAGCAUCUAUUUCAGCACACAGUA